UCAAUAUGGCUGGAAUAUCACACAUGGAAUCGUCAAAUUCUAUAAUUUCUAGUGAUUGGAAAAAAUACCUAGACUCGUAUUUAAGCUCUUCAGGUAGCACUUUUGAGAUUGCCGAUUUAUGUAAAGGUGGGUAUGGAAGAAUAACCUUGAAGGUCCCUUGUUGUCCAAAUGUUAUCUUUGGGUUGAUCAAAAUCUUAUCUGAGUGGACUUUGUUGUUGUUUUUCCAGAGUUGCAAGAAAACAAUGUUAAGCUUUAUACGCUUGUAGAAGAGUUGGGGUCUUAUCUCACUAGCACUGACAACACAGACAGACAGAAAGGAACAAAACUGCUAGCUGAUGUUCUUCAUUAUGUCAGAAAUGGAUUCUGUGUCAAAAAAAGAAGUGGAAGUGUUGGUAACAUUUUUUAUUGAUCGGCUGAAGGAUCAUCAUUCAGUUAUUCCUCAUGUAUUGUAUGGCUUACUUGCUUUGACCAAAAUGGAAAACCUACCAGCAGAACAAGUUGAAAAGAUUUUAAGGGGAAUAUUCAGUGAAGUAUAUAUUCCAUCUCUGUUACAAACCGAACGAUUUUGUGCUUUUCAGCUAGUAUCAAAUCUAAUUCAGAAUCGACUUACUGAGCUGCAGCAAAUGGGACCAGACUUUGUUCUUGGUUUUGUUCAGAUGUUGGAUGGAGAGCGAGAUCCACGCUGCUUGCUUCUAGCUUUUCAAAUUGUGCCAUUGAUUGUACAGAAUAUUAAUUUAGGUCCAUUUGUAGAGGAAGUGUUUGAAGUCACAGCUUGUUACUUUCCAGUGGACUUCACACCACCUCCUAAUGAUGGACGGGGAAUAACUAAAGAAGAGCUGUCUCUAGCUUUAAGAAAAUGCUUGGCUUCAACAUCUAAGUUUUCCCAGUAUGCUAUUCCUCUUUUUCUUGAGAAAUUAGAUUCCGAUAUUCAGAAUUCAAAAUUAGAGGCUCUUAACACACUGGCAGUUUGCUGUGAGCUUUAUACAGUUGAAGAUGUGAAACCCUACCUUUCUGCUAUUUGGUCUGGAAUACGUAAAGAGGUGUUAGAUGGGAGGGAUGAAGAUGUGGAGAGUGCAGCUUUAAGAGUUUUAAGCAUUGUUGUAAGAACAGUUACUUCAUCGGAGACUGAGUUAAUCCUGGUUGCAGAAUUUCUUGAAGAUAUUUGGAAAGAAUGUAGACACUUGCUGAUAGAUUGGGAGGCCAAUCUAAUCUGUUCCAGUUCUAAGCUGUUAAAGGCUGUGGCUCAAUCUUCUCACGUUGCUUUCAGUAAAAUUGUACCUCGUGUGAUACCACUCCUCCUACAACAAUACACUCUUUCUCCCCAGGAAUCAGAAAAACCAAAAAUUCUUGACAUUAUGAACCAGUUUAUUGAUAUUUUGAAAAAUUUUUCAUCCACUGAAAAUGAUCAAAACAUAGACCUUGAGCUGAAGGACUCAGUUUUAGCACUGUACUUCUCCGUGCUGACUAGUGAAGUUGAAAAACUACAAGUUGUUGGAUUACAAGGACUUUCUAGUGCUAUUUUAGUACCAAAGAUAAUGGAAGCUAAACAUUGUGAGCUUCUAGCUGACCAUCUUAUCCAUCUCUGUCUGUCAGAAAAAUGUAAAACAGUUAGGGAACAUAGUGUCAACUUAAUAUCCAAGUUAACUUUUCACUACCCCCAUGUUACCAAAGAAAAAAUUAUACCACAUCUUAUGAGCUAUGUAUCAUCUGGGCCUUCUGGUGAUUCAAGGAGGACAGAUUUUGUGUUUGAUAGCCUAGCUGCAGCAGCUAGUCAUUCCAAUACAUUUUAUAUGAUAGCUCCGCUAUUAGUAAAAUACAUAAAGGAGAAUAAAGUAGCAACCCAGAUUCAGAAUCAAGUUGAAGCCACUCAGUGCCUUUUGAAGAUAGUAAAGUGUUAUGUUGAGGAUGCAGACUGUGCAUUGUUCUUGCAUGAGUCUUGUUUUUCUCACUUAUUGUGCUUCUGUCUCCACAUGUGUCAGGAUACUGAUCUGUCCAAGAACUCAAUAACUCUAGUGGAGAAGAUCAGUCACGUGUUACAGGUUAUAUCUCAGCAGCUAGAUGCAAGUUUAGGAUCAGCAGUCAUGUCAGCUUUGGUACAAGUGGUGUUACAGGGAACAACAUCUAAAUUUCAUGGAAGAAAUGGAGAUGAUUUAAAUAUUGGAAAUCUUUACCAGGCUGAGUCUGUACAACAGCAUCUUGUGUUGACUCUGUUUCGAGCAGUUGUGUGUAACGUUAGAACAGAUAUUAUCAUUCCUCAACAGCAGGAGCUAUUGCAGAUUCUCUCAGACCUCAUGAUAUCAGAAGACUCAAAUGUAUCUGUCACAGCCUCGCAGUGUGUUGCUGCUCUCAUUAAUAAGAUGGAAGCAGGUGCCAAUUUUUCUAUUUGUCUAGAUACAAUCACACAAAAGUUAAUAAUGACAGUUGAAAAUGUUACAAAGCAGAAAGCAAGAGAAUCUGCUGUGAAAGGAUGGUCCUGGCUAACAAAGGCAUUAGUUUUAAGAGGUGAUUCCCAGAUGGAAUAUCUUAUAGAAAAGCUAACUUCAUGGUUAGAGGAUGAAGUUUUGGGAAGAACAGCGGCUGAUGGAUUUGUCACAGUCUUGCAAGAAGUUCCUGAGGUGCUUAGUCAGUCUAGUCAUGCCAAUGUCAAGAUUAUGUAUCCUCAGAGGUUCUUCCUCAGCACACUUCCUAAGCUCUUGGAGAGUUUUAAUGAAGCACAACCAGAGAAGAAAACAAACUAUCUAUUAGCAGUUAGUGGACAGUUGAAGUUUCUACCUCGACCAGUUUUAAAGUCAGAGCUUGUUAAGUUGCUUCCUGUUCUGCUUCAGUCACUAAAUUGUCCAGACAUUGAUCUUCUGGGAACAACAUUGAGUAACCUGGCUGACCUUUUGACUGAAUCUGUUUUGCUUUUUGAGCAAUAUAUCCAAACAUUGGUUCCCCUACUUGUAAAACUGGUGUCAUGUCAGCAGUCUAUGAGAGUAAGAAUGCAAGCAUUGAAAUGUUUAGAACUUCUGAGUGCCCUCCCUGAUCUCCAUCUCCUUCCGUACCGCCAACAAGUGAUUUCUGAGUUAGUGCCUGCUUUAGAUGAUCACAAGAGAAUUGUAAGAAAACAUGCAGUCCAAGCAAGAUGUUCAUGGAUUUUGAUUGGACAGCCAGGAAAGUAAGGUUGAUGUGUACAAGUUUCAGUCCUGUGUAUAUAAUGAAAGAACUUCAGCAAGGCCCUAAUGUUUUGUACCUAUAAAAUUAAAAUCAUGUUUAAUUAAA